CAAAAAUAAGCGAUUUGCCAGUCAUCGGUCUUGUUUGACUAAAUUUUUCUUUUAAUUGAAAUAAAAUAAACCGAAAUCUGCAUCACAAUGGCACAAAUGGAUGCAGAACGUGAGAAGAGCCUCCAAGAGUACAGAAAAAAAUUGUUGGAGCACAAAGAAGUGGAAUCCAGGCUAAAAGAAAUGCGAGAACAGCUCAAAGAUUUAACUAAGCAGUACGAUAAGUCAGAAAAUGAUUUGAAAGCCCUGCAGAGUAUGGGGCAAAUUGUAGGUGAAGUUUUGAAGCAACUGACAGAAGAGAAAUUCAUCGUAAAGGCAACAAAUGGUCCUCGUUAUGUAGUUGGCUGCCGUCGUCAGUUGGAUAAGGCCAAAUUAAAGGCCGGCACGAGAGUAGCUCUCGACAUGACCACCUUAACCAUAAUGCGGUAUUUACCGAGAGAAGUCGACCCGUUAGUUUACAACAUGAGCCACGAAGAUCCAGGAGACGUCACUUACUCCGCCAUAGGAGGACUUUCCGAGCAGAUUAGGGAGUUGCGAGAAGUCAUUGAACUGCCUCUCAUGAACCCCGAAUUGUUUAUGCGAGUGGGCAUUACACCCCCGAAAGGUUGUCUGUUGUACGGGCCGCCUGGUACCGGUAAAACUCUGUUAGCUAGAGCUGUGGCAUCUCAACUGGACGCGAACUUUUUAAAAGUCGUAUCGAGUGCUAUUGUAGACAAAUACAUCGGCGAAUCGGCCAGGCUUAUUAGAGAAAUGUUCAACUACGCCAAAGACCAUCAACCGUGCAUCAUCUUCAUGGAUGAAAUCGACGCUAUCGGUGGUCGUAGGUUCUCCGAAGGUACAUCGGCCGAUAGAGAAAUCCAAAGGACGCUUAUGGAGUUGCUGAAUCAAAUGGACGGAUUCGAUUCGUUAGGACAAGUAAAAAUGAUUAUGGCGACCAAUAGGCCUGAUACUUUGGAUCCUGCCCUGCUCCGGCCGGGUCGUUUGGACAGGAAAAUCGAGAUUCCUCUGCCCAACGAACAGGCUCGACUUGAAAUUCUGAAAAUUCACGCGCUUCCUAUUGCUAAGCACGGGGAAAUUGAUUAUGAAGCUAUCGUUAAAUUGUCGGACACCUUCAAUGGGGCUGAUUUAAGAAAUGUGUGUACUGAGGCAGGACUUUUCGCCAUUAGAGCAGAAAGAGAGUACGUGAUUCAGGAAGAUUUCAUGAAAGCUGUAAGAAAAGUUGCCGAAAACAAGAAACUGGAGAGUAAAUUAGACUACAAACCUGUGUAAAAUAUUGGAAAUUAUGCUUUUGUACUGGUUAGGCUUUUUCUACUUCAAUUAAAUGAGUUGUUUUUUUGAAUAAAUUAAUGAACCUUAUAGUAUGUCUUGUGUAAGUACUUUAAGAGCCGAAAUAAACAUCUAAUU